AUGGCUGGAAUCGACAUUUUGCGCGAAGAGGAAAAAGUUAUCGUGGAUCCUUCCACUUUAAAUCCUUUGUCACCCGAAGUGAUUUCUAGACAAGCAACCAUUAAUAUUGGAACAAUCGGACAUGUGGCUCAUGGUAAAUCUACCGUGGUCAAAGCCAUUUCUGGUGUACAGACUGUUCGAUUCAAAAAUGAACUUGAACGUAACAUUACUAUUAAAUUGGGCUACGCAAAUGCAAAAAUCUAUAAAUGUGAUAAUGAGGAGUGUCCAAGACCAGGAUGUUAUCGAUCAUAUCGUAGUGAUAAAGAGGAGCAUCCACCAUGUGAACGACCUGGGUGUGGUGGAAAAAUGAAUCUGAUUAGACAUGUUUCCUUUGUCGAUUGUCCCGGCCACGACAUUCUUAUGGCUACAAUGUUGAACGGCGCAGCGGUGAUGGACGCCGCACUCUUACUAAUUGCUGGCAACGAGUCUUGCCCACAACCGCAGACUAGUGAACAUUUGGCCGCGAUCGAAAUUAUGAAACUCAAACACAUUAUAAUUCUUCAGAAUAAGGUGGAUUUAGUCAAAGAAGCUGCGUGCGAGGAACAUUAUCAGAGCAUUUUAUCGUUUGUGAAAGGCACAGUAGCGGAUGGUGCACCAAUUGUUCCCAUUUCCGCACAAUUAAAAUACAAUAUUGAUGCCAUCAAUGAAUACAUUGUCAAGAAAAUUCCGAUACCCGUUCGUGAUUUCACGUCUGAUCCGCGCCUUAUUGUGAUCAGGUCUUUUGAUGUUAAUAAACCGGGUGCAGAGGUUGAUGAACUAAAAGGUGGUGUGGCUGGCGGAUCUAUUUUGAGAGGAGUGCUCAAGAUUGGUGAUGAAAUUGAAGUACGUCCCGGGAUUUUGACUAAAGAUAAUGAAGGACAAAUUCAUUGCCGGCCUAUCUUUUCACGGAUUGUUUCAUUGUUCGCUGAGCAUAAUGAUUUGCAAUUUGCAGUUCCGGGUGGAUUAAUUGGUGUCGGCACAAAGAUUGAUCCUACACUUUGUCGUGCUGAUCGAUUAGUUGGUCAAGUACUCGGCGCUGUCGGUAAACUCCCGAAAAUCUACACUGAAUUAGAAAUAAAUUACUUUUUAUUACGAAGAUUGCUUGGUGUUAAAACAGACGAUAAGAAACAAACAAAGGUAUCAAAACUUGCAAAAAAUGAAGUACUCAUGGUAAACAUCGGAUCCACAUCAACAGGGGGCCGCGUAAUGCAAGUAAAAGCCGAUUUAGCUAAAAUUGCACUGACUAGUCCAGCAUGCACGGAAAUUGAUGAAAAGAUUGCAUUAUCACGGCGAAUUGAUAAGCAUUGGCGAUUGAUUGGAUGGGGAAAAAUAAAAAGAGGUAUUGAUAUUCAGCCGGAUCUGCCAACGCAACAGCAACCGUUUUAA